AUGGCCUCCUCGAUGUAUCCACUCCUGAUGAGUUUCUCGUUAGCCAUUUUCCUGGGCUUGACCUCCCUGAGCGGACUGAACUCUCGGCCGUCGGGUCAAGCUUUGGCCCAGGUUCCCUCCAACAACGAAACCACGGAGCCCUCGGUGUUACCGGAGGCGUCCCUGCCGUCGCCCACGCCGCGGUCGGGGGAGCAGACGGACUCGGCGGCCGGGAACCGCUGCUGGGGCUACUACGACGUGAUGGGCCAGUGGGACCCGCCCUUCAACUGCAACGCGGGCAUCUACAUGUUCUGCUGCGGCUCCUGCUUCUACCGCUUCUGCUGCCAGUUCAAGAUCCACAGCCUGGACCAGACCUCCUGCUCCAACUACGACACGCCCGUGUGGGCCAACACCGGGAAACCCGCGGCGCCCGUCACGGAGGUCCAGGAGGAGCCCGACCGAGACCGAACCCACAUGAUCGUUUACAUUAUCUGCGGCGUGGUGGCCAUCAUGGUGCUGGUGGGGAUUUUCACAAAGCUCGGACUGGAGAAGAGUCAGGGAGGACAGACGGAUAUGACUAACUCCAGGAGCAAUGACGAGCAAUGUGCAGGCGGCCUGAGAGGAGGCGGCAGAAGCAUAACCACAAACCGAGUAAACAAAUUUUGGUGCCCAGAGCACGAGCGCGCAGAAAAACAGGCCACGUACCCGCUCAGGCUGCACUGUGUUAAACCAUUUGAAAAGAACUGGCAAGUGUUGUGA